GAAAAUUAAAACUCCUAGCUCUUUUCCUUAUUAUCGCCCCGGCGCAUGCAUAUAUAUAUCGGAAGCGGAAGCUACAACCAGUGCCAUGGCUUCUUCCAAGGUGGUCGUCAUGGCUGCAACUGAUGCCCUACUACUGAUCAUGUUCUCCUUCCUUAUUUUGCCGUCACCCUCAGCAGACGGCAAGGGCAUGUGCCCGCUGUUCCGCAGCAUCGUCCCGGAGUGCCGCGACGCGCCACUGCUCUGCAUCGCCCGCUGCCAGGACAAGGGCUACGUCGGCGGCUUCUGCACCACCCAGCAGAUCUGCAUGUGCGCCCAGUGCAAGUCGUCGCUGCUGCUGCAGCAGCAGCAGCACCAUCGGUUUCAGCUAGCGGCGGCAGCAGCACCGGAGCCCAGCGCCACCGCCGCCGCCGCGUCGACGUAGAGGCCGGAUGGAUGACUUUAUUACAGUGCUAUAUAUAUAGUAUGGCAUAAUAACCUCAAGAUCGAUGUAUGUUUUGACAUGGACAUGCUGAACAAUAAUCGUCGUGUGUUUUGACAUGGACAUGGAUAAACAAACAAACACACCCUUCUGCAAAACGAGGACUGACAAAUCAGUUCAAAUGUUUGGAAUAAGCAUGUGAAGUUGUAGUGUAGUUGCAAACCCAAACCCAGGUUGGCACUAGCACCAAAAAAAAAAAAACUGUCUCGAAACCUGUGCCGAUUUGGGUUU